CCUCCCCUCAAAUGGCAGAUGCAGGAAAGUCUCAGCAAAUUCUCACUCCUUCCCUCCCUGCUUCUUUCUCUGCAUCUCUACCUUCCUUCCUCUACAAUCCGAAUCUUGUAUUUUCUUUUUCUUUUAAAAUAAAACAACUUCUAAUAUUCUUUUAGAAGAAAAUACAUAAUACUUCCUUCAUACGAUCAAAAUGCCUUCCUUGGAGGACGAACUGUUCCCAUCAACGCCGGGAAAGUUCAAGAUCGAGCGCGCCCACACCAUGAACCGUCAGUUCCACCGGUGUUUCGCCUCCACCAGCACUAUGUUCUUGUGGGCCCUCUUCUUGAUUGCCCUCACCGCCUCCUAUUUGAGUUUCCAGAGUUUCGUCGAUUCUGGUAGUCGAUACUUGUCCGCCUCCUGGGGCGGUAUCCAGUGGGAGAAGCAGGUCCGUAAUUCCGCCCAGAUCCAUCGAUCUGGCGGCAUGUCCGUCCUCGUUACCGGCGCCGCUGGUUUCGUCGGUUCCCACGUCUCCCUCGCCUUAAAGAGACGCGGAGACGGCGUCGUUGGACUCGAUAACUUCAACAACUACUACGACCCCUCGUUAAAGAAGGCCCGGAAUUCCCUCCUCAACACCCACGGUAUCUUCGUAAUCGACGGUGACGUGAACGACGCCAGACUCCUGGACAAGCUCUUGGACGUGGUGGCUUUCACGCACGUGAUGCAUUUAGCGGCUCAGGCCGGUGUAAGGUACGCCAUGGAAAACCCUCAAUCCUACGUCCACAGCAACAUCGCGGGGCUCGUUACGCUUCUCGAGGCGUGCAAGUCCGCGAAUCCCCAGCCAGCGAUCGUCUGGGCCUCCUCGAGCUCCGUGUACGGACUCAACGAGAAGGUGCCGUUCUCGGAGUCGGAUCGGACAGACCGGCCAGCGAGUCUCUACGCUGCCACGAAGAAAGCGGGCGAGGAAAUCACCCAUACUUACAACCACAUUUACGGCCUCUCCAUUACCGGAGUGAGGUUUUUCACGGUGUACGGACCAUGGGGGAGACCCGAUAUGGCUUACUUCUCGUUUACGCGGAAUAUUCUUCAGGGAAAACCGAUUACUAUAUACCGUGGCAAGAACAGGGUGGACUUGGCCCGAGACUUCACUUACAUUGACGAUAUCGUGAAGGGUUGUUUGGGAUCGUUGGAUACGGCCGGGAAGAGCACCGGGUCGGGCGGGAAGAAGCGGGGGGCUGCUCCUUACCGGAUUUACAAUCUGGGAAACACAUCGCCGGUGACGGUGCCGACACUGGUGAGCAUCCUGGAGAGGCAUUUGAAGAGGAAGGCGAAGAGGAACGUAGUGGACAUGCCCGGUAACGGAGACGUACCGUACACUCACGCGAACAUAAGCUCGGCUCGAAGUGAGAUCGGGUACAAGCCGACAACCGAUUUGCAAACGGGGUUGAAGAAGUUCGUUAGGUGGUACCUUUCGUAUUACGGAUACAAUCACGGAAAACCUGUAAAUUGAAAUUUUGUUUUCUUUUAUUUUUGAAUCGAGAAAAAUAAAAA